AUGGCUGUCGCUGAUAGUCCUGAAAGGGCUUUUGGGCCAAAUUCGUUCAACGGUGACGGCUAUAAGAUGCAGCCUCGCAUUAACUUGCGUAGAAGCUUUACGUCUGCAGAUACCUCUUCUCGCACAAUGUGGAGUGUAUGGAGACGAGAUGGAAAGCCCUGUCACGAUGGGCCCGACUACAACACUUGCGAGAAGGGGAUCAAUACAAACGUCACUAACCUUGCCAUUAUUCUUGGUGUUGUGAUCCCUCUCAUUGUAGCCUCGUUUGUACUUCUGUACCUCCACCGCAGGAAUGUUAAAAAGUUGCGGCAAGAAGAUGCUCAAGACCCCCAUCGGGAUCUCGAUUUCGGUAUGGGUGAAACUGGUGGAAAAGCUGGGAAGCGAAAAAGUUUGUUCGGAGUCAGAGGAGAAAAAUCGAGCCACAAGAGCAACCAACUGUCCAUGGACAUGAACCUGUCAUCGCCAUACCUCUUGCCACCAAACGUCCAUCAAUCGCAUGAGUCGGUUCAUUCACUGGCUCGAACAUUUCCCAGCGACCAGGAUCCAUAUCGUACUGUCAACCAAUACACCAAUAGCGAUGCCGGGUCCAUGAGAUCAUUCAAACCGUCUAGAGAUGUGUCUUUUAGCCACAGAAGCAAGCCUGCAUCUGUUAGGACCCCUUCCAUGGGCACAAGCAGGAUGCCACCAUCUCGCUCCGACUCGAUGCCUAAAGCACCGUCCCCACCUAAAGAUCGGUCUGAUCCGUUUGCAACACCUACUGCUCCGGAACCAACCCAUCAGUUUCCGCUUCCCGGGGAUGCAAAGGACUCGCUCAUCCGUCCAGUUGAUCCCAUUGUGCCGGAGAUUGGCAAUGUUGUCUAUCCUGACGAAAUGCCAGGUGGUACGGAUUUGCCCGAUAUCCAAGUUCCUCCUCGUGCCUUGUCCCAGGAAUCACAUUAUGGGCUACCUAGCCCACCUUUUGAGCACGACAAGCCUAUGUUGGCAGAACUGCCAGCUGUCUCUGAUGACAACCAUCGGGAUGCUCGCGACGAUACUAAAGGGUUUGAUUUCUUAACAACUCACGAGGCACAACCCUUGGGGCUUGGUCUGAAUGUGGUUAUUCCAAAAAUCAACUCUCCGACUGGGCUAAAUGAUGUCCAUGUUGUUCCUGGCCAAGCUGUUUCGCACGACGACGCUGGCCACGUCCCCACAUACGCUUUGGACCACCCUGCUGACGGACAGUUCAAUUUCCGCAGUCAGCAACAGUCUUGUGACGGCCUCGCUGUUCCCCAACAACAGAACAAGCGUCUUUCUGUGGGAUUCCGUCCACUGCCACCCGAUGAAGUGAUGGAGUCGGAGGACCCCGAGUACCGAGCAAACCGUAUUCGAUCGUUCUAUAAGGAGUACUUCGACGACAAGGAAGCGGCACCUCCUAUGCCGGGUACUGAGCACUAUGAAGACUAUGAGGCCGGCUACCUUGGGGAGGCUGCCUACUACGAUGCGGAUACGAACGCCUUUGUGAUGCCAUACGCUCAGCCAGUAACUCGCCGUGCCAUGACGCCACCUCCUGCCGGGCGAUUCCGAGGUGGACCUGGAGGAGCUGGCCCACGUCCAGGACCUCGUGCAGCCGCUCGUGGUCCUCACGGCUCCAUUAGUGGAAUGAGUUUACCAGGAGGACCACGAAGACCUCGCGCUGGCUCUGCCUUCAGUCCUAGACCCGGCUCCUCUGCUUCCACGGGGAUGCGUGGUAGGCCUCCCAAGAAGAGCUUGCCACCUCCCACCGAGCUUCACACCCUGCCGACUCCGUCGAAGCUCAAGGAUGAUAGCUUCGCGAUUUUCAAUGCGACCGACUUUGCCCCACCUGACUCGUUUAGAGAACACGUCUCCGGCCGCAGCCAAAGUCCCCUUGGCGAAAGACGCAAUUAUCAACUCAAGGUCCCGGUCGCAUCGCCAUUAGUCACGUCGUUUGACGAACUGUCUGUUCUUCCAAGCCCACACGUGCUCCGGAAAUCCUCCACGUUCACCAAUCUCGACUUUGCGCCCCCCAAGAAGUUCAAGGAUGCAGACACGAUGAGUGAUGCCGGUAGUAUCAGGAGUAACAAGAGCGGCGUCUCGGCGGUCCAACUGGACGCCAUCCGCCGAGGAGCUGGACGUGUGAGUCGAUUACCGGGAGACACGGUAUUUACCUCGGCAGCCUUGGAGGACACGCUCAAACCUCAAUGGGGAAUGCGACCGUAG